AUGACUGAUUCGGCGCUCUUUUUUGGGCCCAGUGCGUGGUCUGAGCGAGCGACCCUGGCCAGCCUUGAGCCAUUCCUCUGCAUCCAACUCAUCGCGCUGAACCACACCUCCCCGCCUCCUUCUGCUGGCCUUCUGCCCGAGAUCGAGUGCAAGCAGCGACACGUCGGAAGGAUUCGCCGCUUGGCUGGUCGAGGGCUGGCUGCGCCUCGCAUUCGAGCCGACAAAACGUCGCUGUUUCGGCCUCUCCGACUUCUGGCUGUGCCUUUCGAUCCGUGCCGCCUCCCCGUCCUGGCAGCCGCCGCCCAGAUCCAUACGGCCGUCAUGGCACCCAAACGCAAGUCCCAGGCCGAUGUGCCCACUCCCAAUGGCAGCGGGAACAGCUCUGGCCGUAUCGCGCACUGGCUCAUGAAGGCCGAGCCAGACACGCGCCUCGAGCGCGGCCACGACGUGGCCUUCUCGAUCGACCACCUUGCCGCCUGCAAGACCACCAAAUGGGACGGCGUUCGCAACCCAGAAGCGCGCACCAUCAUGAAGGAAAAGAUGCGCACCGGCGACGACGUUCUCUUCUACCAUUCCAACACCAAGAUCCCCGGCGUGGCCGGUCUGGCACGUAUCUGCUCCCAGAGCUAUCCCGACCCCUCGGCAUUCGACUCCAAUCAUCCCUAUUACGACCCAAAGAGCGACAAGGAUAGUCCAAAGUGGUGGCUCGUCGACGUCGAGUUUGUCGAGAAACUCGAUACGCUCGUCCCGCUCGGCCUGCUUCAGAAGAUCGCCGGCAAGGGUGCCGACAACAAGCCGCUCACAAAGGAGGAGCGCAACGACGUCGACUAUCUUUCCGAUGCCGAGCUCGAGGCCAUCAAGGGUAUGGCGCUGCUCAAUCGCGGAAGGCUCAGUGUACAGCCCGUGGAGCAGCGCGCUUACAACGCCAUCCUUGCACUCAGUAGGAACCGAGGCUGGGAUCACUGGCCAGGAAAGUGGAACCCACGCGCCGCCGCUUCAGCGAAACCAACACCGGCUGCCAAAACAAAGCCCGAGCAGAACGGUCCGCUCGAGUCUGCAAAGACAGACCGCACAGCAAAAGCUGCAUCCGUCUCGUCCAAACCGAGCGCCUCCAAGAAGGCCAAGACUGAGCCUAACACUGAGCCCGAUGCCGCACCGCCCACCGACGGACUUCGACGAUCUUCGCGGCGACGAAAUGUCUAG